CAUUUCCCACAAGUAUGACGCCAUCGACAGCGUUUUUUCCUCUAUCCACGGGACCGCUACGGCACUACAUCCUAAAGUUAGCGUGCCCUCAGAGAUCUCACAAUGACGGAGCGAGUUAACAACUUUCCACCUCUACCUGCCAUUUUGCGCAUUAAGCCAUGUUUCUACCAAAACAUUGAUGAGGAAAUUCCUCCAGCUCAUUGCCAGCUUGUUCGUCGAGUUUACAACCUUUGGAUCUUGUACUCUAUUACACUAUGCAUCAACGUGGUGUCUUGCAUAGCGUGGUGGGCUGGUGGCGGCGGGGCAGUUAAUUUUGGCCUUGCACUUUUGUGGCUCUUGAUGUUCGGCCCCUGUAGUUAUACCUGCUGGUUCAGGCCCCUUUACAAGGCGUUCAGGGCUGACAGCUCAUUUAACUUCAUGGCAUUCUUCUUCAUUUUCUUCCUUCAGUGUGUUCUCGCUUUCAUUCAGAGCUUAGGAAUAUCAGGUUGGGGUGCAUGUGGUUGGAUAGCAACAGUGAUGUUUUUCGGCACUAACGUGGGAUCGGCUGUGGUUAUGCUUUUCUCGGCUGUGCUGUUCACUGUAAACACAGUGUUCAUGGGGCUGGUUCUUAUCAGGGUUCACCGGCUUUAUCGUGGAGGAGGAGGCAGCUUCCAGCGUGCCCAAGAGGAAUGGACCACCGGUGCUUGGAAGAGUGCCCCUGUGAGAGAAGCUGGCUUCAAUGCCAUCGCUGAGACUGGCCCAAGUCUUCCUCAGUACCCUGCUGCUGUGCCCAGUUAUCCAGAAAGUGGACCAUGGUGAUGAACCAUUCCAGACUCCAGGUGGAGCCAGAGUGCUCUAUUUGUCCCCCUGCGUAUAGCAGAUAUCUUAACUUCAUGCCUCCACAUGAAUGACAUAACAGUGAAACUGUGCAAGUCUAGAGAAAGGGGACUAAACAUCCCGUAUAGGAAUCCAUUGUACUUUUGUUUACAAAUUACGUUGCCAAACCGGUUACACAAUGACUUGUGCAUAUGUGAAAGAAUGUAAGUAAUGUUACUUGAUAAAACAAUCAUGCAAAUAAGGUACUGCUCACAAUCAAGCCGUGGCAGCUUUAAAAAAUUUCAUUGGGACUGUGAAAACACUUUUAAUUGCAGAAUUGCUGAAUUAUAACACUACGGUUUUUUUUUUCACCAAGUGAUUCCUUACACUACAGUAAGUGCACCCAUUAACUGUGCAGCAGACCUUCUUUGACCUUUUGCUGAAAAUGCUACAUAUUUUCAAGAAAAAAAACUGACACGAGUUAAAGGUGUUUAACUAUAUUUAUCAAAUACUGAUAUGACUGGCAGUAGCUAGACCUUUUAUACAUCAGAAAUGUGCAUAAGAAUUGCAUGCUUUUUAUUUGCAGAUAAGAUUUUAUUAUAUUUUUUUGUUCUCAGUGCCAUGCCUUUUCUAUCUGCUGCUUUGUGCCUGAUCUUUAAAACUGACAUGCGCCUUAAUAGUCCUAGCAUGUGCAAAGAAUUAUCUUUCCAGUUGCCUGAAGUUCUGCAGUUCCGUGAGUGGAUAUGGCCACGUCCAUUUAUGCAGAAUUAUUAUUAUUGCUAUUAUUAUUUGCUCAGUGCAGUCAGCACUCUUCUUCUUCCUCCUAAAUAACCAUUACUUAUGAUUUCAGGCCCUGCUGUUGAAGUAUACAUUCCUUAUGCCAAUGUUUGUUCCAGCUCUCUUGUUUCAGUGUGUUCCUAUUUGGAGCACCAUGUUUACAGAGUGGCCAUUUGAACCUGGGUUUUGAAAUAUUGUGAAUUUAGUUGUUUUACUUUAUUUUUAUCUCUUGAAUUUUCCAUUUCAUCUCUGGGCUCCAUCUCAUGUAUAGUGAUGACUAACAUAUGACUGUAAAAUAAAUGCAUUGAGAAAUGUAUUAUUGAGACAGCUAACUUAAUAAAAACAUUCCUUUUCAGA